UCUUUGGGUUUGCAUGUUGAAACAAACAGCCGGUCUGCAGAAUGAGGAAACACUGACAGAGAGGGAGUACAGUCCAGCCAAAACAACACAGCAGAGGCAGCAGGACGUACUGUGUGUUGCCUCGGACAGGUGAAGCAUGGUUCACCCCAGCUCUUUGGUGCAUUUUCUGCUCCUGUGUUCAGUUGCUGCAGAGUUUGCAAUUUUAGCGGCUUCCAAACUACCUGACGUCCAGAAUUACCAAGUGGUGAUCCCCAGGAGGCUCCACACAAAGCACAGACGAACAAGUGAGGGCCUUCAUCCGUCGGUUAUUCAGUUUGAGGUUCCGGUGGACGGCAAGGAGCAAGUGGUGCACCUUGAGAAGAAUGAGCAGCUCAUUGCGAACAACUACUCCGAGACAUACUAUUUGAAAGAUGGGACUGAGGUGACAAGCAAUCCCCUCUAUCCAGAUCAUUGCUAUUACCAUGGUUACAUCAAGGGAGAAGGAGGAUCUUCAGCAAGCUUCAGUACUUGUGAGGGGUUCAGCGGCUACCUCCACACAAAUGGCCAAAGGUAUGUGCUGGAGCCUCUGAAGGGUUCAGACAAAGAUGAGCAUGCACUAUACCUGUACGAGGAGCUCAGACUCCCCCUCAAAACGUGUGGGGUCGUCAACACUUCAGAGGACAGCUUAGAGCCAAGAGUGGAAGAGACUUUCAACUCCCCUCGUGAGAGGAACAAUUUUCUUCGAGAGAAGAAAUAUAUUGAAAUGUACGUGGUGGCAGAUAACUCUGAGUACCGACACUUUCGCAGUGUGGAAGCAGUGAGGAGCAGGGUAUUUGAGGCAGUCAAUCACAUUAAUCUGCUUUACCAACCACUGAGGACACACGUAGCCUUGAUUGGUUUGGAGAUCUGGUCCAGUGGAGAUCAGUUCUUUGUUGAAAAAGAUGCUGGUCGUACUCUGACGAACAUGUUGGAGUGGCGCAGAACCAAGUUGCUGCCAAGAAAGGAACAUGACAACAUCCAAUUUAUCACGCAUGUGGACUUUACUGGAGAUACCAUCGGCUUGGCCCAAGUGAGUGCCAUGUGUACACAUGGCUCCGGGGCGAUCAACCAGGAUCACACCAACAACGUCCACGGAGUGGCAUCGACGAUAGCACACGAGAUGGGCCACAAUCUGGGCAUGAACCAUGAUGAUGACAAUUGCAACUGUGAUUCUAGGUCUUGUAUCAUGUCUCCAGUUCUGAGCUCGGUUCUGCCGACAGAGUUCAGCAGCUGCAGCCACCAGCACUUCCAGAACUUUGUGCUGACCCGCACAGCAUCGUGUCUCCGUGAUGUACCCAACCAGGACGAGAUCGUGUCGAGGCCGGUCUGCGGGAAUCGCUUCCUUGAGAAAGGGGAGGAGUGUGACUGUGGAAUUCCGGAGGAGUGUCUGAACCCAUGCUGUGAUGCUGAGACCUGCAGGCUACGAGAGGGAGUGCAGUGUGCUGAUGGAACCUGCUGCAAGGACUGUAAGUUCAUGGCAGCAGGCUUGUUGUGCCGGAGAGCCAAGGAUGACUGCGACCUCGAGGAGACCUGUGACGGCAGAUCAGGCCAGUGCCCAGAAGAUACUUUCCGUCUCAAUGGGACUCCCUGUAAGCGAAAUACAAGCUUCUGUUACAAUGGCAAGUGCCCAACCCAUCAGGAGCAAUGCGUCUCUUUCUGGGGAUCAGGUGCCAAGGCAGCGCCGAGACGUUGCUUUGAAGUCAAUAAGCAGGGCGACAAGUUUGGUUACUGUCAGAAGACAGCGUUUGGUUAUCAAGGAUGUGCUUCUGAGGACAUCAUGUGUGGACAGCUGAGCUGCACUGGUGGGAACAAGCAGCCACGUUAUAGCACUGGCUCAAUCAGAAUCGGAAGCACGGUUUGCCAAGUGGUACUGGAUCCAGUCAGCUUGGUACAAAAUGGAACAAAGUGUGGAGAUAACAAGAUGUGUGUCAACUCCAGGUGUACCAAGGUGCCACUUGUCGAUGAGUGUUCCCGGAAGUGCCCAACAGAGUCGGUGUGUAACCAUUUACUGCAGUGUCAGCUGAAACAAGGCUCCUCUUCAUCACCCGACAGUGGUCUUCCUACAUAUGCCAUCAUUAUUAUCGUGCUGGCUAUCACCUUACUGAUCACCAUUGCUUUCGGAGCGGCUGCGUUUGCAUACAGGAAACAUACAAGGAAACCCACGGUCACUGCAAGGACACCACACACGCAAACGUCAGGACUCUCGAACCCAGCCUUUACUGACAGUGCCCCGGUCACACCGCGUGUGAUGAGACCUCAGAUGCCAAAGGGCCCAGCAAUGGUCACUGUACCCCCUCCAGCAUACAACACAGUCCUGUCUGCACCAUUUCCCCCUCGACAGGCACCACCUCCUCGUCCACUUGGAUCGUCAGACAAGCCCCAUGUUCCAAGAGCACCCCCAAAGCCACCAGGAAUGAAACCUCCGCAGCCCCCCAGCUCCAAGGUGCUGAUGCCUCCAACCACACCAAGGAACUGAGUGAUACCGGGGAGGAAGGUGAGCAACACGAAGCCCUCAGGGAUUAUCCUGUAUCUCCUGCCCCUUGGACAGACAGGAAGGCACUACAACAUAUCAAAGCUAAGUGGAAGGCAGACUAUCUGUGUUCACUCCAUGGAGCUCUCAUUAAAGAGAGAGCUAAAGUGGCAGGAAUGAUCAGCCUGCCUGUUCAGGAGGGAAGGUGGCAGAGGAUUGGGGGAGCAUUGUUGCUGUGAAUCAUUGGAACUAUCCACAGGAUUCUCUGCUGCUUCUUUGGUCUUGGGAAUAUUUGUAUUUAAAGGUACCUGUCAAAAGUCCACUUGUUCCUGAAUAAAAAUAAGAAACUCUGUCUUACA